AUGGAUCAGGUUGCAGAAGAGCUACGAGCGUUCCUCGUGAGCUCUGAUGAGCAACUUACGCUACCACCCAUGGACAACAAUGCGCGAAAGAUGAUCCAUGAGCUGGCCAAUAAGUUCAAAAUCAAGUCCAAGUCGACGGGCAAGGGAGACCAGCGAAGACCAACUCUCUAUCGUACAGCUCGCACGCUUCCCUACGUAGCAGUGACUUUCGAUCAAGCCAUUAAUCGCGUCAACCGACGAUACUUCCCUCGACUCGACAUGAAAGGUAAAAAGUCGAAUCGGCUUCCACCUGUCCGUGGCGGCGCAAGUAUUGCGGCUGCGACCUACCAAGAUGGUGAGAUCGUGGGCGGCUCAGCGCCAGAGCUUGGUGUUGAGAAUCGCGGUCGCGCCAUGCUGGAAAAGAUGGGGUGGAGUUCUGGUACGGCGCUGGGUGCCAUGAACAACAAGGGAAUUCUGCAACCUGUCACGCACGCAAUGAAGCGGUCAAAGGCCGGACUCGGCUAG